GAGACGGAUCCUGACCUUAAGGAGGAGGAGGAGGAGGAGGAGGAGGAGGAGCCGGCGCUGCGCCGCGGAGGAAGGAAGCGCAGGGCUGCUGCGUUUGCAACCUGGCCGCCGCCGCCGGCUCGGGGCUCUGCCUGGUGCCGCUGGUGCCUGCUGACACUUGUCUGGUUCUGCGCGGGGGGAGAAGCCGGCCGCCUCCAGCAGCGGGGAGCGGGGGAUAAUCCGCCGCCGGAGGUCGGAGGAGGAGGAGGAGGGAGGAAGGCAGCGCCGACCCAGCGGGACGCGGCAACUUCGGGCCACCUCGGAGGAGCCGGAGCCCUGCCCGCAGCGGCGGCCGCCGCCCGGCCGACAUGUCGGAGCACAAGGCCACCGACCCCAAGCUGUCGACGACGGACAGGGUGGUGAAAGCUGUCCCAUUUCCUCCAAGUCACCGGCUCACAGCUAAGGAAGUGUUUGAUAAUGAUGGAAAACCCCGUGUGGAUAUCUUAAAGGCACACCUUAUGAAAGAAGGGAGACUGGAAGAAAGCGUUGCUUUGAGAAUAAUAACAGAGGGAGCUUCAAUUCUUCGUCAGGAAAAAAAUUUGCUGGACAUCGAUGCACCGGUCACAGUUUGUGGAGACAUCCAUGGCCAAUUCUUUGACUUGAUGAAACUAUUUGAAGUGGGAGGUUCUCCUGCCAACACGCGGUACCUCUUCCUGGGGGACUAUGUGGACAGAGGGUACUUCAGCAUUGAAUGUGUGCUGUACUUGUGGGCCUUGAAAAUCCUUUACCCCAAAACACUGUUUUUACUUCGUGGGAAUCAUGAAUGUAGACAUUUAACAGAGUAUUUCACAUUUAAGCAAGAAUGUAAAAUCAAAUAUUCAGAACGAGUAUACGACGCCUGCAUGGAUGCCUUUGACUGCCUUCCCUUGGCUGCUCUGAUGAACCAACAAUUCCUGUGUGUACAUGGUGGCUUGUCUCCAGAGAUCAACACCUUAGAUGACAUCAGAAAAUUAGAUCGAUUCAAGGAACCACCUGCAUACGGACCUAUGUGUGACAUCCUGUGGUCAGAUCCAUUAGAGGACUUUGGAAAUGAGAAGACUCAGGAACACUUUACUCACAACACAGUCAGGGGGUGCUCGUACUUCUACAGUUACCCUGCUGUAUGUGAAUUCCUCCAGCACAAUAACUUGUUAUCUAUACUUCGAGCUCACGAAGCCCAGGAUGCUGGGUAUCGUAUGUACAGGAAAAGCCAAACAACAGGCUUCCCUUCACUAAUCACAAUUUUUUCAGCACCAAACUAUCUAGAUGUAUACAAUAACAAAGCUGCAGUAUUGAAAUACGAAAACAACGUUAUGAAUAUCAGACAGUUCAACUGCUCCCCACAUCCGUACUGGCUUCCAAAUUUCAUGGAUGUGUUUACCUGGUCCUUGCCAUUUGUGGGUGAGAAAGUGACAGAGAUGCUGGUAAAUGUGCUGAACAUCUGCUCAGAUGAUGAAUUAGGGACAGAGGAAGAUGGUUUUGAUGAAGAUCCCAUUUAUGCACAGAAGAAAGGAGCAACAGCUGCUGCUCGAAAGGAGGUUAUAAGGAACAAGAUAAGAGCAAUAGGAAAAAUGGCUAGAGUUUUCUCAGUGCUAAGAGAAGAGAGUGAAAGUGUGCUGACGCUGAAAGGUCUGACUCCAACAGGAAUGCUGCCCAGUGGUGUGCUCUCUGGAGGAAAACAAACACUGCAAAGCGCUACUGUUGAGGCUAUUGAGGCUGAUGAAGCUAUCAAAGGAUUUUCACCCCAGCAUAAGAUCACUAGCUUCGAAGAGGCCAAAGGCUUAGAUCGAAUUAAUGAGCGAAUGCCUCCACGCAGAGAUGUGCCAUCUGAUGCCAACCUUAACUCCAUCAACAAGGCAAUCUCCACAGAGACUAAUGGCACUGACAGCAACGGCAGUAAUAGCAGCAAUAUUCAGUGACCACUUCCUGGGCGGGGGGUUGAGCUGCAGGGCGCGAUGGGGUUGCUGCACAUCAGCAGUUGGAUGUUCUUGCCUCUGAUAAUAGCUUACUUGCUCUGGGGGCCAGGUGUUGGAUUCAGUUUACAAAAUCAUCUACGAAGAGAUCGUAAACUUUAAUUUGGUGGGAGGGGGGUGGGGGAUAGACACCUCCUUUGGAUAUGCCUUUAAAAUGCUUGUAGAAAAAUGAAAGCUAAUGCUGGUAUAUAUUGCAAAGUUAGGGGAAUGAACAUGUUUUCCUACUGCAUUGGGAACUUCUAGAUAUGUUACUGAAAGGCCUUUUGUUAUGUUACUGGACAUGAAAACUUUGUUUAAUUUCUUACUAACUAUUGUACGUUUACAGUUGCAGCACUAAACAUGGACAACAUCAAAACAUUUUUAACAAAAUGUACAAACUAAAUAAGGACUAUUUAUUGAUAAUGUUUUGCUACUCUUGUCAGACAAUGGCUAUGAAAUAAAUUAGGCAGUCUUAAAAAUAUAGAAAAAAAAGAAAAAAAUAAUAAAAAAAAAGAAUGUUGGAAAUUUGUUUAAAAUGCCAAAAAAGAGAGAGAGAAAGAGAGAGAGAGUGAGAGAGAGACAGUUUAAUUUUGUACAGAUUAUGCUUACCUCAGGUUUCUUUAGUGUGCUUCAAUGCCCUUCUUUAAAUAUAACACUUAUCUUACUAAUUUGGCAGCGAUUAUCCUUUUCUUUGUUAAAAAAAAAAAACAAACUGGAAUAAUGAUAACAUUUAUCUUUUUUUGCUGUUUAUAUUUAGGGGGGGUUUGGUUUGGGGGGUUUUCUUUUUUUUUUUUUUUUUUUGGUCAAUCAAGUCUUGGUUGUGGCUUGCUGAAUUUAAAUAUUUAUGAGUGGUGCAUUUUUAAGUAUAGUGAACAAGACACCAUAUUAAGUGCAGUGAAAAGCAUCUAUAUUCUGUAAAAAUCUGCCUAUGCAUGUUUUUUAAGAAAAAAAUGGCUGUAUAGGCCUGUAUGGGACUGUAAUGCGCUUAGUGGUCUGACUUAUACUGGAAAUGUAUGUAUACUGGCGUACUUUAUAUUCUCUAAAAAAAAAAAUGCUUAAUGCCUUUGAAAUUUUGUAAUCGAAAAAAAAAAGCUUUGAAAAAUCUAAGGGGAGAGUAUUCUUAAAGUUUUUAACAUAAGCUUGUCAGUGCACAUAUAGAUGGGUAGCAUGUUUAGCAAACCUUGUGAAAUUUAAAUAAGUUUGUAGUUACAUGUGAAAUUCUAAAUGCAUGAUAACUGUUAAUGUCAUAAUGGUUUAGUCAUUUUGUUAUGUUCUGUCAUGUGCCACAAAAUGUGUAAUUUUUUCACUUUUUUCCCUUUGUAUAUCAGUUACGGGUUUCGACUGGUUCAUUCUAAAAAAGAAAAAGAAACAAAACAGUCCAUUGAUAUUUUUUAACAAUUGUAUAAGUGCCCAAGUAAUUCACUACAGCCUACAGCCUUGCCUUUGUAAUUUGACUUCGAAAUGUUGGCAAUCAAAAGCAUGCACUUGUAACAAUGAAAGAAGCAUUUUAUAUUACUACUCAAUAAAAAUGUGCAUGAACGUAA